GUAAGCCUUGCGCGUCGAAGCUGCCUUGAGCUUUAAGUCAAAUAACCGUCGAGGAGCUCUUCCAUCCUGCCUGUAUCAACCGAGCUGCCCGCAAUCGAUUCUAUCCGCACGACAAACCUGAAGCGACGAGCCUCUUCCCCUAGACCCCCACAGCGUCCGAAUUCCCCCCUCCCGACGAGCGCAUUGUCUUCCGACUACUAGUACCAGUGUCCUCACCAUGGACUUCGGCACGCGGGGCGUUUUGAAUGAGGAUGGGAUCCACGUGGAUAUGGACAGACUAAAGAAGGGGGAGGUCAAUCUCGGCACCUCGAUUAUGGCCGUGACAUUCAAAGACGGCGUGAUUCUCGGCGCGGACUCGAGAACCACGACCGGCGCGUACAUCGCAAACCGGGUCACGGACAAGCUGACGCGGGUGCACGACACCAUCUGGUGCUGCCGGUCCGGGUCGGCGGCCGACACGCAGGCCGUGGCAGACAUCGUGCAGUACCAGCUCGGCCUCUUCUCGAUGCAGAAUGGCGAGCCGCCCACUACGCAGACGGCCGCGGCCAUCUUCCAGGAGAUCUGCUACGUCAACAAGGACCAGCUGAGCGCGGGCUUGAUCAUCGCGGGCUGGGACGAACGGCACGGCGGCCAAGUCUACGCCAUCCCGCUGGGCGGCUCUCUGCACAAGCAGGCCUACUCGAUCGGCGGCUCCGGCUCGACCUACAUCUACGGCUACUGCGACGCCAACUGGAGGGAGGGCAUGGAGGAGCAGGACGCCAUCAACUUCGUCAAGGGCGCCCUGAACGAGGCCAUCAAGUGGGACGGGAGCUCCGGCGGCGUGAUCCGCCUGGUCGUCCUGACGAAGAAAGGGGCAGACCGACACCUGUAUCUGCCCGACGAGAAAUACGCGGUGCGCCACUGAUCAUAGGCGUAGAAGCGGUGAGUGGCUCGGCCGGCUCAGUGGCCGUGGGCAAAGACGGACAAACCACCAGGGAGCAAGGGGAGAAGACCCAAAUGUGGGACAAGGGUCGGGCAUGCCCACGAUGCCUCCUACCUGUAUGGUAUUACCACGCGCACAAAUAACCAUGUUGUCGCGAGUGCGCGCGCCGUAGCUUGGUGGCGGCGCCGGCGGUUAUGACGGGUAGACACGCCGCAAUGUACGCCAUACCUCUAUGAGUCGAACGAAUUACACAAAGCAGCAUUGCAAUG